AGAAAGUGUGCGCAUCCCGAGUCUCCUCUGUCCAUUGUUGUCCCUCGGCGGCCCUUCCUCCUCGCCUCCCGCACACACGGCGCCAACAUGUUGAUGCCCAAGGCGAACCGCGUGGUCAUCUACGAGCACCUCUUCAAGGAGGGUGUUAUGGUGGCAGAGCGUGAUCUUUUCCUGCCCAAGCAUCCUGAGCUGGAAAAGAUCCCCAACCUGCAUGUAAUCAAGGCCCUCCAGAGCCUGAAGUCUAGGGGUUAUGUGGAGCAGAACUUUGCCUGGCGUCACUACUACUGGCGCCUCACCAACGAGGGCAUCCAGUACCUGCGUGAUUACCUCCACCUGCCUGCUGAGAUUGUGCCAGCCACCCUGAAGAAGCCCACCAGACCCGAGGGAAGGCCACGACCCAUGCACACCAGGCCCGAGGGUCCCCGAGGCGAAGGCUCCAGGGAUGCCUACCGCCGCGCCCCAUCUGGCAUGGACAAGACUGGCGACGCUGGUGCCGGCGCCUCUACAGUGGAGUUCCGUGGCGGGUUUGGUCGGGGUUCCAAGAGGCCUCAGUAAGGUGUAAAUAAAGAGAAAAAUAGUC